CUACACUCACAAGGCAAACUACAGUUACUGUAGUUUUGACAAAGAAUAAUUUAACUCUUUGAGUUUUGACCAUUUUAUGAUAAAAUGUUGAUCAAUGAAAUUCCCGAUGAUUGUUUGCUCGCCAUUUUUGAUUAUAUGGUUAACCUGGAUCAUUUAAUAAACUGUUAUAAAGAUCAUCGUAGUGAUUCAUCUGAUGUUUUUUAUUAUCUCGGAUUUUAUUGGAUUGAUUCAUUCUAUCUGAAAUAUUUCAGGAACCACUCAACUCGCAGACAAAACCCAAAAGGGCAUUCAUCUACACCCUUAGCCCUAUCGAAUGAGCUAUCAAACAUAAAAAUCCAGGAGUGACACUUGGGUAACUUCCCUUGUGAGUAAAUUAUUUACAAAUUUAAAAAUUGUUGAAUUGUCUCCUGAAAUACAUCUCAAAGCCAAACAUGCUAUUGAAUUUGUUAGAAAACAGGAAUCUUUGAAAGGAUUAAUCAAUCGAUUUGAUGAACCAAUAGAAAAAUAUUGCGAUAAACUCGAAAUGCUUUCUGUCAAUACUAUCAAUCCAAACAAUUUAAGAAAUAGUUCCAGGAUAAAACAAUUGGACAUUUGGAGUUAUAGUCUAAAGGCUUUGGAAAGAGAUGCACAUUAUUUGCCAAACCUUGAAAGACUAAAGAUUCAAAUUAAAGCUCCAGACUAUUUCUACGAUGGUCCAGUAUUGGAAAAGCUCAAAAUACUUGAGUUUCAUUUCGAUUUCUACCCUAGAAAAAUUUUCUAUGGUUUCAUGUUGAUGGAUUUAUGUCCAAAUUUACAAAGUGCCCAUAUUUUCAUGAAUGCUACUAAUUGGUAUUUUAACGAAACAUUAAAACACGAAUGUUUACAAGAUUUAGUUAUACAACUUGAUAGACUCGGUUACGAAAAUGAUAUGGAUAUCAGAAAUGAUAACUGGAAUAACUUAAAAAGAUUGCUUAUGAAGUAUCCGAAUCUCAAACAUCUUUCGUUGAGGGACAUUUGGAAAUUAAAAGAUGAACAUAUCGAGGAAUUGGUUCACAUUUUACCCAAUUUAGUGCUAUUGGAUGUUAAUGCGUGUGAUAAAGUCACCCAAAGAGCUGCUGAUUAUGUUCAAGAUUAUUGUAAAAGAUAUGGACGAUCAAUCAAAUUUUACUUCAAAGGGAAUCGCGAUGAAAUCGAAUCAGAUUGGCCGCAGUCAUCCAGUAAAUCCGAAGUAAUAAAUAGAGGCUUUGAUUUCAUGAAACAUUGCUUUUUCAGAGACCAUAUAUUCCUUCCACGUUUUUUGAUCCCAAUUGAUUAUUGAAGAGUAAUUAUUAAUAUAUUUGGCAUUUUCACCUC